AUGACGAUUACCUUUUUAAAAUGUUCAGAUUCUCUAUAUAAACAGAGGAUAAAAAGCGCCUGUGAAUUAUACAGACAAAAUAAAAUAGUGGGAAAACUCUGUCCGGCUUUAUGCGACGAAAAAACAGUGCAAUAUAAAAUAUGUACGAACCAUUUGGGGGGAAAGAUCAGCGUUCUGGUCAAUUGUGACGGUGUGUGCUCACCAGGAAAGACCAUCGACGCUGUUUUAAAAUCAUCUUUAUCAGCCUAUCUAGGAAUCAUGGAGCAAAAUCUACCCGAGCUAGCCGAUAGCUUACCUAUACAUACACUAGAGGAUCUUAGAACUAGAGUUUCAGAGAAAGUUAACAGAGCAUUGGGGACGAAUGAUAUUUACCAAGGGGACGUAAUCCAGCGAGUAUUUCAUAAAGAUUAUCAUUCUUACAUCACAUCAUUUGGAAUAAAGGCGUUUAUUGUGAGCGUAUGGUCUCUGGUCCAACAGGAGGAAUAUCUCAUCACAAAAUUAUUCCAACACAGUUCCUUCUUUCCUAAAAUAUAUCAAUCAUGUGGGCCGUUUUAUUUAUUAGAAUCCGCACCCCCGGGACCUAUCUUGGACCCAUCGGUAAAUCCAUUAAUACCGGAAACGUCUACAUGGAAAGAGCGUGUGAAGGUAGCUAUUAAACUUCUAGACACUGUACGUGUGUUAGAUUCAGGAUUUAACCAAACCUUACACAUGUGUGAUAUAAAGGGAGAGAAUUUUGGCUUUAAUUCUGACGGAGAAUUGAAACCUAUCGAUCCUGAUGAUUUGCUGCCUGAUGCCACAUUGUUGAAGAGAUACGAGAUGAAAGCACCCUGUCGGCGAGACAAAGACUGUGAUAUUCUAGAAUGUCUUGGAAUUUGUCAGGAGGGUGUUUGUCUCAAACAACGAAAAAAUAAUAAUCUUCAGGGUGUUUGUAAUAUGAUUCUAAAAUGGGGUAACUCUAAGAUUGACCUUGGUGUACUGAGAUACCCUCCAUCAUCGAUAAAGAAACCAUUAGCUGUUAUUAUUAAAAAGUGUAUUCGACCAUCUAUAACUGAUUUCAAACCUGAUCGAGUACUGGAGAAUAAACUACGACAGUUAUUGCUCUCAUCUGUUUGA